AUGGACGCGCAGCCUCGCUCACAUGAGCUAGCGAUAGGACGGCCUCUUCUCCUCCAGCUGGUGGUGGUGGUGGUGGUGGUGCCACUCCUCCUCCUCCCUCUCCUCUGCCUGCUGUCCAGGCGGAGAGAGCAAGGAGCAGCAGCAGAAGGAAGGCGUGCUCCCCCGGGGCCCCCGAAGCAGCUGCCGGUGCUGGGCAACCUGCUCCAGAUCGGCAGCCGGCCGCACCGCUACUUCCAGGCGGUCGCGAAGAGGUACGGCCCCGUCGUGGAGGUGCAGCUCGGCCGCGUGCGCACGGUCGUCGUCUCCUCGCCGGACGCCGCCAAGGAGGUCCUCCGGACCAACGACCUGCACUGCUGCAGUCGCCCCAACUCACCAGGCAAGUAG